AUGUAUGACGAAGUUUGUGGAGAAAGUGGAAGUCAAGAAGUCUGCGAAGAAUGGAAGGGAUCACUGUCUUCAAUUCUAAAAGAGUAUGACGACAAAGAUGUAUUCAAUGCCGAUGAAACAGCAUCUGCUGAGGAAAUCCACCUAGAAGAGGAAGAAAAAGAAAAGGAAAUCGAGGAAGUAGUUGAUGAGGAAUGGAGUUUAGUGUCAAAAGCUCUGCAGCUAGAUCUUGUAACAACAUUUCGAGGCUUUGUCAACAUAGAUGAUGAUGUUCAAGUGUGUGGAAAUUUAUCGGACAAAGACAUAGUUGACGAAUUUCGACCACUCUCAGAAGAGGAAGAUGAUGAGAGUGAAGAACUUAUCCAUCCGAAACAGAACAAGUUUUCGGUCUUCAAAGGGUUACUAUUGGCACUAUUAUCUGGAGUAUUUUAUUCUUCAGCAGCAGUUCUUGUUAAACAGAUGAAAAACCUUCACCCAGGACAACUAGCAGUUUAUCGCUUUAUAGCAAUUUUUGCUUUUUCUCUUCCAGAGUCAAUACAUUGCCAAGAAAACCUGUUGGGGCCAAAGAACUUGCGUUUUCUUUUGAUACUGAGAGGAAUAUUUGGAGCAACAAAUUUAUUCCUGAAUUUUCUUGCUUUCCGUUACCUCCCCCUCGGUGAAGCUGCCGUGAUUAUUUUCAGCGUCCCUGUUUUCGUGACUGUAGCAGCCAGAAUAUUUCUUAAGGAGCCAUGUGGCAUCUUCCAAACAAUUACAGUCGUUCUGACAGUGAUAGGAAUCAUUUUCACCACUAAAAUUCCUCUAAAACUGUCUGGGACAACCAUUAUAUACACCAACGAACUAAUUUAUGGUCUUUUAGCGGCAGUAGGGUCUCUACUUUUUAGUACUUGUAGAUUCAUCGUCAUCAGAAAAGUGAGAAGUGUUCACCAUGCGAUUAUAAUGUUCAACUUCGGUUGGGUUGCCAUCUUGGAAACAAUUAUCCUCACAGUUUUAAUUGGCGACUUCAGAUGGCAUAAAUGUGGUCUUCAAAGCUUUUACAUCAUUCUACUAGGAAUUUUCAGUUACGCUGGACAAACACUGCUUACUAUAGCUCUUCAAUGUGAAAUGGCAGGACCUGUUUCCACGAUGAGGGCUGCGGCUGACAUUGUAUUGGCUUUCGUGUGGCAAACAUUUCUGUUUCAUGACGUUCCAGACACUUACAGCAUAGCAGGAGCUGCAUUAGUGUCAAUUUCUGUGAUAUUUGUAGGAGUUAAGAAGUGGGUGUCUUCUUUAUCUCUUGAUUCAGCAAGUUUUAAGUAUCUUGAAUGGAUAAGGAAAUAAUUGCUCGUGUUUCGUAAAAAAUAUGCUUAAAUAUCAAGCUGAAUUGCAGUUUGAGUUAUAAGGUACAUAUUUUAAUGCGCGGUGGUGAUAAACGAUAUCAUCAAUAGUAGUAUAUUGUACAAAUUCAACUAUAUACUAUAAAUUUAAAAUAAAAAAGAUAACCAUACAU